AUGCCUGGCACUGCAUCAUACUCACCCUCCGAGACGCAGCUCACCGUCUCGGUCGCCAACUACCCUCACUAUUCAGUCAAGAUUGCCGCUGAACCCGACCUCACCGUCCGCAUUUACGAGUACCAGGAUGUUUACGCACCGCCAGGACGGCUUCCUCCUAUCAAGAGCGUUACCGACUACGCUGUUUCAAGGACAAUCAUGCGUGCCAGCUCUGAACCUUUCGACGCGAUGCUCCAAGGCGGCUGGAUGGAAUCAAGGACUACCAUCGUGGAGCUGAAGGAGAAUGACUGGAUCAUGAGCUUAGCCAUGGAGAUCUGGUUUCGCGCUUUUCAUGGUGUGCCCAUGACGGAGGAGUGCUACAAAGCGGAUGUUGCGGUGGUUUGGAGUCUUGUCCGAGCUGGAAACAUGUGGAAGCUGAAGAGGGAGGGCCUGAUCAAAUGGUUCAGUGAUUGGUUCAAAGAAUGCUGGGAGAGGAAUAAGGGAAAGGACUUGGGCAAAUCAAUGGGCGGCAUGGGCGGCAUGGGCGGCCGGGGCGCCAAGCUGGCGCAGGUCAUUCUGUAUCCGUGCUGGGCUUUCGACCAUGCGCCGGGAUUUGCGGCAGCGACGAAAUGGCUUGUCUACAACUCUGCAUCGCACAUUACCGAAUUCAAUCCAACCAAGCACCGGGACCUGCACCUUCCCAAGCGUAUCAUCCAACAGCUCAACGCCGCGAGAGGCCGUCUUAAGGCCGUGAUGCACGACAUACUGUGGACUCCAAUCGAGCGCCCGCUCAAGUACGCCACUUGUGACUGCAAGGAGAUUACGCUUUUUCUGUACCAGAAAGCUUUACUUGACGUCAGCGUGUGGCCGCUCGAGCGCACCUUCUCACACACGAGUAUUACAGGUCUUCUUGGCCGGCUGGAGGCUUUCAAAUACAAGUCCGAACACAAGCCUUGCUCCAGCUGCGAGAUCCGCUGCGAAGAAGUAGUCAAGAAUACCAUACGCGAGGUGUCGGGAUACUUCGAUGGUCUUUGUCUCGUCUGCAUGGCCUUGACUGAACCCGGUGCACCUCACGAUGCAGAUUGGUACUACUGGAACCAUGAUAAAAUCAAGGAUUGGGACAGGGGCUGCCGCGGCCGUGGAGUUAAGCAUGGCCAACCUACCUGGUUCUACUCGUAUAUGAGCGCAACCUACCACAAAGACGCGCGCGAGAACUGGUACAAACUACGUCGCUUUGACCACGAGCCCAACGUCUUUGGUACCGACAUCUUUGAUGACGACUUCUCUGCCACCGGCUUCUCUGCUCCCGACUUCGCUGCUCCCGACUUCGCUGCUACCAGCUUCUAUGGCUAA